AUGGGGGUGGAAAAGACUGUUGGGGAGUUUUUUAACAUGGAGGAAGAUGAUUUGUUGGUGGAAGAGGGGGCUGAAAAAGAUCUGGUGGAAUCGGAUGGUGUAGGGGAUGUUUUCGCGGCACCAACUAGUGAGGACAUUCAGGCGGCUCAAGGGGAGAAGGGGAAGAAAGGAAAAGGACAUUUGGUUCUUAGGGGGGUCAGCACGAAGAAGCGGAACGCUAAUCUGCUGUUGUCACCAAGGCGACGACCUCCUCCGACUGUUCCAGCUCUUGGGGAAAGCGAGCAUACUCUUAAGGCCCAGGAAGGUGGAGGGUUGGCUCUCUUUUAUAAUAAAGAUGAUUUUGAUGUGUCAAUUUUAUUUGAGUCAAAUCGUAUAAUUGAUGUUGAGGCUGUCUAUAACGGGCGAGUAAUUCACCUCACUUUUAUUCAUGGGGAUCCUGUCCCUAAGAAUCGGGAUUUAGUAUGGGAACGGUUAUUGAGAAUAAGCUCAACUCGGUCGUCUCCUUGGUUUAUUAUUGGGGCUCUCAAUGAAUUAACAGGAAAUCACGAGAAGCGAGGGGGUAAACUUCGUCAUGCUUCUUCAUUUCUUUCCUUUCAUGGAAUGAUUCGGGACUGUGGUUUUUUGGAAUUUCCAUAUCUCGGAGAUUGGUUGUCGUGGAGGGGUUGGUGGGAUAAAAAACCAAUCCGUUAUCGUUUGGAUAGGGCUUUGGGUAAUGAGGACUGGCAUGAUUUGUUUCCGGACACGGUUACAGAAUAUUUGCCAAGGAUUGCUUCGGAUCAUGCCCCGCUUAUUGUCAAUAUAGGUGCCAAGAGAUCGCGUGGGAAACGAACCUUUAUGUUCGAUCGUCGGUGGAUUGGUAAGGCGGGUCUGAUGGAGUCUAUUUCACAGGGCUGGAAUGGGGGCCAUCAUGAGGGUCCGACAUCAGUUGUGGACAAAAUUGUGAAUUGCCGACGAGCUAUAUCUCAUUGGCGCAAGGAGCAGGUCCCGUUUGGGCGAGACAUUAUUGAGGAUCUCAAACGCCAGUUGGCAGUGGCCCAAGCGGAUGAUGCGGUUUCUUCGGGGGUUAUCACUGAUUUAACCAUGCGUCUGCGGGACGCCUAUAAUGAUGAGGAGAUUUAUUGGUAUCAAAAAAGUCGUAAUAGAUGGAUGCGGGUGGGGGAUAAAAAUACGAAGUAUUUUCAAGCUCAAACAAAGCAGCGACGGGCUCGUAACAGGAUCACUGGGCUUUAUGACAGGAAUAAUGUUUGGUCAACUAAGGAUGAUGAUAUUUGCACGGUGGCGGUCUCGUAUUUUGAGGACUUGUUUACUUCUAUUCAUCCGUCUAAUUUUGAAGCUGCUUUAAGUGAGGUGAAGAGGGUAAUAACGGAGGACGUAAACGAACGUUUAACAGCUCCAGCAAUGGAGGCGGAGGUCCGUAAGGCCUUAUUCCUGAUGUCUCCGGAUAAGGCCCCGGGACCGGAUGGAAUGACAGCAUUGUUUUUCCAGAAGGCUUGGAGAGUGGUCAAAGAGGAUCUUGUGGCUAUGGUAAAUCGGUUUUUUGAAGAGGGUGUUUUUGAUAAAAGUCUGAAUAGGACGCAUAUUUGCUUAAUUCCGAAGGUGGCUAAGCCAACCCGGAUGGCGGAAAUGCGGCCCAUUAGCUUGUGUAACGUGGGGUAUAAGCUUAUUUCAAAAAAUUUGUGUCAACGGUUAAAAGGAGUGUUACCUGAGCUUAUCUCGGAAACACAAUCUGCUUUUGUCCCAGGACGAUUGAUUUCGGAUAACAUUCUCAUCGCCCAUGAGAUGUUCCAUGGUCUACGAACAAAUCCAUCGUGUAAAGGAAAAUUUAUGGCGAUCAAAACGGAUAUGAGUAAGGCGUAUGAUAGGGUUGAAUGGGGUUUUAUUGAGGCUUUGUUACGGAAGAUGGGCUUUGGGGAGAUCUGGAUUUCUCGGAUUAUGUUUUGUGUCACUUCUGUAGAAUAUAAGGUUCUUUUAAAUGGCCAACCUAAUGGUAGGAUUGUUCCCGAACGGGGUUUACGGCAGGGAGACCCUUUGUCUCCUUAUCUGUUUAUUUUGUGCACGGAGGUCUUAGUUGCUAAUAUUAAGCGGGCAGAACGGGAAAAACAAAUAACAGGGAUUAAGGUAGCAAACAAGUGUCCGCCAAUCACGCAUCUGCUUUUUGCGGAUGAUAGUCUUUUUUUCUGCAAAGCGGAAAAGGCUCAAUGUGAGGUUAUUUUGGGUAUUUUAAACCAGUAUGAGGCUGUAUCGGGUCAGCAAAUAAAUUUUGCCAAAUCUUCGGUUCAAUUUGGUCAUAAGGUGGAUGACACUGUGCGGUCAGAGAUGCAGGGGGUUUUGGGGAUUUCGAAUUUGGGUGGGAUGGGAUCUUACCUCGGGCUACCGGAGAGUCUGGGAGGGUCCAAGACAAAAGUUUUCUCUUUUGUUCGGGACCGCCUUCAGGGUCGCACGACGGGUUGGUCGGCGAAACUUCUCUCCAAAGGGGGAAAAGAGGUGAUGAUCAAGUCCGUUGCCACGGCGGUUCCCACUUUUGUGAUGUCUUGUUUCCGGAUUCCAAAAAUAAUAACGUCAAAACUUACGAGUGCAGUGGCAAAUUUUUGGUGGAGUACCUCAGGACAGUCUGGGGGGUUGCACUGGUUAGCUUGGGAUAAACUCUGCUUCAGUAAGCAGUUGGGGGGUUUGGGUUUCAGGAACGUUGAUGCCUUCAAUACGGCAUUGCUGGCAAAACAAUUGUGGAGGCUGAUUGAGGCCCCGGAUACAUUGUUUGCUCGGGUUUUCAAGGGCAGGUAUUAUCGCAAUUCCAACCCUAUGGAUCCGCUACGCUCUUACUCUCCAUCUUACGGGUGGAGAAGUAUUACUUCUGCUAGAUCUUUGGUUAAUAAAGGCCUUAUUAUACGGGUCAGUUCGGGGGAGUCUAUUUCCAUAUGGACGGAUCCCUGGGUACCGGCUCAAUCCCCAAGACCAGCAUUCAGCAAGGGUCCCCAUAAGGAUCCUUCUCUUAAAAUCUCUCAUUUAAUUGAUUGUCACACUAAUACUUGGCGUAUGGAUAGACUUAAGGAGUUUUUUGCCCCGGAAGAUGUUGAUCUGAUAGGGGCUAUUCCUUUAGGAAGUCGUCGUCUAGACGAUUCCAUGGGUUGGCAUUAUACGAAAUCAGGAAAGUAUGCUGUUAAAUCUGGUUAUGAAGUGGAACGUCGUUUUGCUCCACAGCUUACGAUGGUCCCUCGAGUGGGCCCAGAGAUAACUCCUCUGUUGGCUGCUGUUUGGGAUGUCUCUUGUCCACCAAAAAUUAAGCAUUUUAUGUGGCAGGUUUUGUCAGGAUGUAUUUCGGUUUUGGCGAACCUGCGGCGGAGGGGUAUUCCCUGUGACUCUGCGUGUGUACGGUGUGGGGCUGACGAGGAAACAAUUAAUCAUGCUAUUUUCAGUUGCCCACCGGCUCGGCAGGCGUGGGCAUUAGCCCAGGUUCCUGUAGGUCCUGGCUCCUUCCCGACGGAGUCCAUUUAUGCUAAUGUAGACCAUUUUUUAGGUUCUUCUAAUCCGGCCUCUCAGGUAGCCGCGUUCCCGUGGCUUAUGUGGUAUAUUUGGAAAGCGCGGAAUGCUCGUGUUUUUGAGAGUGUGAUGGAAAAUCCAAUGGAUGUAGUUCGGUUGGCGGAGGGGGAGGCAAAUGUCUGGUUACAGGCUCAGGAUAUCGGUGUUUUGUUGAUGGCUCUUGGAAAGCGACAGAUGCUCUUGCAGGUGCAGGUUGGUUUUGUUCUUCCAUUGAAGAUUCGAGGUCAGAUAUGGGAGCUACCAAUUUCCGUAGAAGUUUGUCUCCACUCCAUGCUGAAGUAG